AACUUUCAUGAGGGAACCACCCGAUGCCUUCUUUACUUGUUCUUCUUGCCCAAAUUGCCCUCCCCAUUUCCCCAAAACUAUCGCCCAGCCUAGCCUCCUCCUUGUCCAAAGGUGAGGGGUAAUUUCGUCCGGAAAAAGCUCUCCCACCAUAAACAAUGGACCUUGCUUUGGCGUUAAAGUCAAGUUGCCACUUUUGUUGAGUUUGAAUGCUCUUCUUUUCUGGGUGUCUUGAGAAUUCCGUCAAAAUUUUGAUAUUUCCCUUUCUUUUUUUUUCUGGAAAUUGAGGGAGGGGGCAGGGCAUGUUGGUAGAGAGAAGGAGAGUGAUGAGCUGGAGGAGAGUGGGGAAGUCGUUGCAGGCGCUGGUAGCCCAUGCCUUGCUCUUCUCUUUCACCCUUUUGCUCGCUCUCAAGCUCCACCAUGCCGUCUCUCGUUCUUGGUGGGUUGUAUUUGCGCCAUUAUGGCUAUUUCAUGCAGUUGUAGCACGUGGAAGGUUUUCUUUGCCUGCUCCAUCAAUGCCUCAUGAUCGCCAUUGGGCCCCCUUUCACGCAGUCAUCGCUAUGCCAUUGCUUGUCGCUUUUGAGCUAAUUUUGUGUAUACGUCUUGACAACAGCUAUGUUGUUAAUUUGAAGAUUGUCUUUCUGCCCCUGCUUGCAUUUGAAAUAGCUAUUUUGAUUGAUAACAUCAGGAUGUGCAGGGCUUUAAUGCCUGGAGAUGAGGAAAGCAUGAGUGAUGAAGUGAUAUGGGAGACCCUUCCUCAUUUUUGGGUUGCAAUAUCUAUGGUCUUCUUCAUUGCUGCCACAACUUUCACCCUUUUAAAGUUAUGUGGUGAUGUUGCGGCUCUAGGCUGGUGGGAUUUAUUCAUAAAUUUUGGUAUUGCAGAGUGCUUUGCCUUUCUUGUUUGUACAAAGUGGUAUAAUCCAGCAAUUCAUCGAAAUUCCCACCUUGGAGAAUCCACUCCAUCUUCAAUGACUAUAAGAUACCUUGACUGGAACAGAGGUUUGGUAGUAUCUUCUGAUGAAGACAGGCACCAGAACAGCAGAAUGUGCAACCUGCAAGAUAUUGGAGGACAUGUUAUGAAAAUUCCAUUUAUUGGUUUUCAAAUCAUGCUUUUCAUGCACUUAGAGGGAACACCACCUAGUGCAAGAAAUAUAUCACCUCCAGUCCUUUUUUCUCCCCUUCUGCUGCUGCAAGGAGCUGCGGUUAUUCUUGCUGCAUAUAGAUUGAUUGAGAAAAUUGUUAUUUUAGUACAUGGUGGAGCUGGCUCUGGAAGAUACUUUGAUGUAUCAUCAAAAGCUCUUGAGUUUUUUGGGUUCUUGCACCAUGGGUCAAGGUUGUUGGGUUGGUGGUCAAUUGAUGAAGGAAGUCGAGAGGAACAGGCUAGACUUUACUGUUCAGAGGCAUCUGGGUAUAACACUUUCUCACCCGAUGUUGUGAAGAAAAUGCCAAAAUCAGAUCUUGUUGAGGAGAUUUGGAGAUUACGAGCUGCACUCAGUGAGCAGACGGAAAUCACCAAGUUUAGCCAGCAGGAGUUCGAAAGACUUCAAAAUGAAAAGAUUCUGUGUAGAGUUUGCUUUGAGGAACAAAUCAACGUAGUCCUACUCCCAUGUAGGCAUCAUGUCCUCUGCAGUACUUGCUGUGAGAGGUGUAAAAGGUGUCCAAUCUGCCGUGUUUCUAUUGAGGAGCGUCUGCCGGUGUAUGAUGUGUAGUCCCAAUUUACCUGUAGACAGAUUCAUGUAAAAAUUUUCAAACUGUUAACAAAUUGCUUGUGAUUUUAGAUGACGCAAGCAUUGAGAAGCUGGCCAUUCUGGUUUCACUGAACAUGAUAUAGUUGUGUAAUGUCAUUCAAGAAAUGUAAAUAACUUGGUGCAUUAUGGAAAGGAAAUGAAAUGAAAUUAGUGAUUUUUACAUGUUU